GAUAAACAUAGACAAAGUAAAUGAAAUCCGUAUAAGUAAAUGUGUUUUGAUGUCGUGAAGUGUAUUUUUACAGAAAUUUUAACAUUUCUAUCCAUUAUAUUCCUACAAUACUUUGACAAUUAAUUUUAAAGUGAAACGAUGGUGUAACGUGAUCAAAAUUACUGAUUACAAUAUUACGUUCAGUAAUAUUCCUUUGUCGAUUCUCUAGAGGUAUCAAUAUUUAACUUUCAGAAAAAAGACUAUACUGUGAAUAGUUAUUUAAGAUGGAUGGAGAUGUGUUUAAUUUUAACACUGCGGUAAACGAAGAUACUAUUUUAGAAUGUCGGACUUGUUUGCAUAUUAUGAGUCCAGACGCUAUUUUAUUCAAUAUUUUCGAAAUGUGGUCUCCGCCUUGGGACGGCAUGGCGAGCACUAUCGCCGAAGACAUAGAGAAGCUUGCUAAUAUAAAGGUGCAGCAGUUAGAUAGACAUUCAAAGGUAAUAUGCAGGACAUGCUAUGAGCUGCUGCACACCGCUUGUACAUUUGCAACACUCGUCAAACGCAGUGAUCUAGUUCUAUUACACAGAUACCCAUCUGAACCUAAUACACCGUACAUUGAUGCUGCAUGGCCUAGACCCAUACAAAUAAACAAAUCCGUAAAUAGUAUACUGAAUGAAAACUCUAUGAAUGUUGAAAUCAAAGAGGAAAUACUAUCUGACGAUGAACACAACAUGGUAAAUGGCAUAUAUGGGAACGGAGGUGAUUUUCCUGAUAUGAACAUUAAAGAAGAACCUGAGGAAAUGAUACAGCCACAACCGUCAGAACCGUUCACUAUAAAUGGAUCAACAACUUCAGACACAUUUGACGUUAACAUGACGAAUUUAAUGAAUGGAAACAGUGCAGAGGUUCCUUUGCAGAAUUUAGUAACAAAAAUCAAGGAGGAGCUAUUAAGUGAAGAAGAGACUGAACUGACGCAGAACGACUUGCCGCUGGAGUGUUUGCUGUGCACUAAAUGCUUCAAAACUGUUACUGGCCUGAAGGCACAUGUCAUAGUUCAUCAUUCAUACAAAUCUGUGAAGAGAAAGAACAACUGUGUGUCGCCUGAACGAAAUAAAGGUUUCCCAACACCCACAGACCUGAUGUUGCGUGGUGAUGAAAAUAAGAACAUAUGUUACGCAUGCAACGAAGCCUUCAACACGUUCAAGUUGUUGACGAAGCACAGCCGCAAAUGUAAAGCAAUAGCUAGUCAAGAGGUCAAAAGACCCAAAACUUUGAACGAUGUUAUUCGACCGCAACCACCGGACGAACCGAAAUUAAAAUGUACACAUUGUGAUGAAACUUUUACGGACAUGUACUAUGUGACGAUACAUCAAGAGAUACACCAUUCCACGGCGGCCAGCCGCAAAACAGACAAACAAUCAGACAGUGCCAUGGAAACUGAGGCGCUGGAAAGUAUUUUCACUGAAAGUAGUGAUUUUUAGAAUGAACACGUUUCUAUGAAAUCUAUAGACUGAGCACAACUUGUUGGCCUCUCUGAGCUUUUUAAGGAAGAAUCAAAUUAAGCUCUCACUCAGCGCACAAUGGAGUGAGCUAAUCUCAGAGUAUCUCUAUGUGAUUGCAUUAGAAAUGAGAUCCACAGAAGAACCGAAGUUACUGACAUAGAUCAACAAGUACCAGUAGAUUGGGCAUAUACUUAUAGCUCUAAGAGUCAAUGGACAUUAGAGACCCAAAGUGCUGGAAUGGUAUCCCCGCACCGGAAAAUACAGUGUUAGUGACCCCUCACUAGGUGGACCGAGGAUAUCAAGCAGUUUUGUUUGAACGUCCUUAAGAGAGGCCUAUGUAAAGUAGUAGACGUCCAUCAACUGAUAUUGAUAACUUGUCUUCGUACAUACAAGGUGUGGCCAACAAGUUGCUUGAAGUUAAAAUUUGGUAUCUUUGUAACCAAUCUGUAUAUCACAGCCACUCGUAAGCUAUGAAGCUUCAUUGAAUAACCGCUCCUCUAAGGUGGGGGGGGGGGGGGCAACUAACCCUGCUUCUUUAAGGCGGGAGGGGGCAGUUGACCCCCGCUCCUCUAAGGGGAGGCAGCUGCCCCCUCUGCCCGUACCUCGCUAUGUCGCUAUACCCGUGGGUCAUCGGUUUUAUUUAGGAAAAUUUACAAGGAUACUUCUUUCUUAAUAGUGAUUCGCUGUUUGUAUUACAAAUCUUCCUGAUCAUAGGCACUGAAUAUUUGUAAAUAUUUUUUAAUUCCAGUACUAUUGUGUCCAGAAUUUUGAUUUAUGUCUGUAUGUAUGUAGAUAAUGAAUAUAAGGUACUUUUGAGAUA